GUGCAGCCUAGGGCCGGGGGGGGGGGAUUAUCUGCCCCCAUAACUACAUCUCCCACAAUGUAUCAUAGAUGUCGCAGAUCUCAUCACUACAUGUGAUGGACGGAUAAGGACACAGAUGGUUUCCAUGUAGAAACAUAAGGUGAUAACAGAGAAGCCCCCCUCCCCCACCACAAUGGCUAACGUUGGUCAGCAGCUGGAGAACCAGUGGAACGAUGUGGUGGGCCGGAUCGCCACCAAACAGAUGUUCCAGUCAGACUGGGAUAUCGCCGCCUUCGUCAUCUUCUUUGCCUUUAUAGGGCUCAUCCUCCUCCUCAUUCUCCUGGUUCUCAUCAGAUGUUUCUGCUGUUGUUGUUGUGACUGCGACUCCCAAGUUGACAAGAGAAAAUACAAACAGAAAGUUGGGGUUGAUAAUCUCGCCAUGGAGCCAUAAUCCCACCCACCCUGGUUUGAUUGACAGCUAAUGGAGCCAAUGAAAUUGAACCACCGAGGUCUUCAGAUUUCAUGUACUGUGAUUCUUAGAGCUGAUUCUCACUUAUCUCUAUAGGGAUCAUUAUGACAUAUAAGGCUUGUUCUAUGACGCCCUAUGAAGAAUUGUUUGUAUAUAAAUAUAGAUCAGAUACGAUUAUACUUGGCGCAGUUAUAAGUUGUCAUUAAAUCAUUCACCACUAGAGGGCAUGCCUACCAAAAUCUCAUUGUGUUGCUCAAUGGACACAUAAGAUGAUUUCUACAACCAUAUUAUGACAUAUGUCAGUGUUUCCCAACCAGGGUGCCUCCAGC